UUGCCGACCAACAAGACGGUGCCCGACGUCGUCGAGCCGUUCCCGCGCCCGGCGGCAGGGUGCAUCCGCAUCUCGGCGUGGAACGUGGCGGGACUGCGUGCGAGCGAGAAGAAGGGCUUUUCGCGCUACGUCGAGGCAGAAGACGCCGACGUCCUCAUCGUGACCGAGACCAAGACGCCCGCCAUCCCGCUCGCCGCUCUCGACGACCGCUACCCGCACCGAUACUGGGGCGACCACGGCGCCGUCAAGAAGGGCCAAGCCGGCACGGCCAUCUUCAGCAAGGUCAAGCCGCUCAACGUCACGCUCGGCUUUACGGCGAGCGACGAGGUGUCGGCGGCCGACUCGGAGGGCCGCAUGGUCACGCUCGAGUUUGAGAACACGUUCGUCGUCGGCACCUACGUGCCCAACGCCGGUCAAGGGCUCAAGAACCUCGCCGACAAGGAGCGCUGGAACCGCGCGUUCGAGACGUACCUGCGCUCGCUCGACGCCAAGAAGCCCGUCAUCUGGGCGGGCGACCUCAACGUCGUCGCGUCGGGCCCGAUCGACAUCCGCAACUGGAAGACGAACCACAACAAGUCGGCCGGCGUCACCGACGUCGAGAUUGACGGCUUCAAGCGCCAGCUCAACCCGGAAGCCGGCUCGGGCCACGAGCGGCUCGUCGACGUGUGGCGCGAGCGACACCAGGACGUCGAGGAGGACCCUCAAGGCUGGACGUACUACUCGUACAAGUUCCAGUGCCGCGAGAAGGGCAUCGGCUGGAGGCUCGACUACCAGGUUGUCUCCGAGCGCAUCCUCCCCAAGGUCAAGGCGUGCGAGGUCCGCCACACCAUCUGGGGCGCGAGCGACCACCUGCCCAUC